UGGAAGGGUCGAAUCACUUUGGGCCCGCCUCUUUUACUUCCACGGUUUCGGUUGCAGUCGGAUCCAACCCACUAACACGACUUUUCCAAAAACGACUAUCAGAUCUUCAGACUGCAAGCUACCUAUAAACUUUCCUCACCACCAAAUACGCGCAGAUCGAAUGUCCACUCGCGAACAGUCUCUUCACUAUGCCUAAGGACAAGACACUCCGCCGUAAACCUUCAUUACAACCAGCUAUCACGUUCGACAACACCAAAAUAAAAUCACCUCCUUCAAAGCAAUUGCAGCAAUUAUGCGUGUUGUCAACAGACGAAAUCGUGCCCACACGAUCACUAAGGCAAAAAAGACAGACCAAGUCUCAGAAGACACCUGCGAAGUCGCCUCAGAGGCCACCGCAUAAGUCACCACGAAAGCCAACGCCCUGUUUUAUCAGAGAUCACAAGCAACCCGGCAGUGACUAUGGCUCAGUCGAUAUUCCAGCAAUGUCCAGUAGUUUCAAUACAACUAGCUUUAAUUCCAGUGGCUACGAGGCAAAUACAAGCUGGAGUACAAGAGAAAGUCUCAGCUACGGGUCAAGACCAUCGUUCAGUUCCUCCUUACUACAUACCUCCUCACCCAGUCCUGAUCCAUUUCGAGUUGUGAUACAGCCGUGCGAAACUUUAAUGGAUACGAGGAUCCGGGAAGCAAAAAUAAGAAUAAUCGAGACCGUCCCAGUCCUCGACCCAUCUUUCGUCAAGGGAAAGGAACACGCAUACGGAGCCUAUAUAUACCCACCCAUGCCGCUCUCUGAAGCAGAAUACCGUGGCGCUUCAUAUAACAUCGGCGUAUCUUGUGCGAAUGGGGUAUACGGCACUCAUGCAAUCAUCAGCAUCAACUGGGUACACCCACCAUUUGACAUCACCACCGUGGCGAGUGGUGUCGAGCCAAUGCUGCCGUUGGAACGCCAAAAGAGCCGUUAUCUCCGCCUUCUCGAAGAAAUGGCAUUCGUACUUGAACAGGCCAUUAAUUUGCGAGGUGAGAUGGAUGAUGAAGACAAGAAGAACUUGACGCAGGGAGAAGAGAUCGUGGCAAUGAGGAUGACGUCUAGUGAUGGGGAUACUACCGGGAUGACCAAGUAUCCAAUUCUGGGUGGCUCAUACGUGGUGACAACAUUAUGAUGGGCUGAGCUCGAGAAGGCUGUUUGGAAGAUGGGCAUAUACUUGUAUUGCUAGAAUGGAGAAGCUGGACCAAAUAGACAUCGACCGCUAUACGUGACACGCCCGGAGAGAUCGUAGAAUCAGGUGAGGUAUCUAGACAUGUCCAAUCAUAUGAAUGGUAAACAUAGCUUAU